AUGGCUCAUGGAGAAGGAACCACGUCAACAAAGACCGAAAAGGGGAGCACCGCUCCGAAGGCUCAAUCCUUGGAAAAGGAGGAAGCGCCUAAAGAAUCGAUGGAAGUCACGGUUGCAGAAGCACCCAGGCGCACAAGGGUGCCAGAUGCUGUUCAGAGGAGAUCAGCAGCCAAGAAACAGAAGGGCCCUCAGCCCAGUAGGUUGGCGCAGGAGUUGCGCAACUACCAGGCAGAGAGGAAGAGGCAUUCGAUGGAUGUAUAUGUCCAGAUCACAGGCCUAGACUCUGGGAGGACGCACUGGGUUAAGGCACUGCUCGACAGCGGUUGCAGUACCUGUUGCAUCGACACUGACUACGCGCGGGCAGAAAGAUUGGAUAUCCAGGAACUCCCCCAACCCAUCAUGGGCCGUAACGCCGACAACACCGAGAACAUCAGUGGCUGUCAGGGGAACCCCCGUUUCGGACCGCUCUGCCUUCGAUCAAGCAUUGGAGAAGAGUCAACGAGCGACCAAGACCACCACUCCCUCACCUCCUAUCUUGCCCCCUCCUCCCCUCCACGAGCAGACCCGAUGAGCAUGGAUGACAACGAACAGCAGCGGCUGUCUGCUCUGGAGACCAGCAUACAGAACAUCGAGGCCGUACUCACCCGCCUCAUCUCUCAACAACAACAACCCCCUGCCCCUGCCCCUGCUCCAGCUCCGGCAGCGGGUCCAGGUGUUCCUACUGGCGCCAGCCCUGCGCGCCCCCUUAUCCGCCCGAAUCCCCCCUUCUCCUUCGAUGGGGAUCGCACCCUGGGCAAGAGCUUCUUGCAUUCAGUGAAGCAGUACUGGCGUCUGCUUCCUGAGGCGUUCUUUGUGAAUGGGGCAGUCUCGGAAGAAAAGGUAGUCCGCUUCGCCCUGUCCUACAUGUCCAAGGACUCCGCGGCCUCCUGGUCCGAGCGCAUGUCCGAGCGCACCCCAUUCCCGUUCCCUACUUGGGCUCUCUUCGUCACCGAGUUCAAGCUCCGAUUCGUCGAGGAGAACGAGCAAGACCACGCCCUGGCGCGACUGGAGACCCAUCUGUAUUAUAUGGGCUCCCGUGACGUGUUCAAGUACACGGACGAAUACGACGACCUCCUUGAUCUCGCCGGCUAUACCGACGAUCUGGUCAAGGUGACCAAAUAUAGGACGGGCCUGGAUCCGAAGAUCAACCAGGCUAUCACCACCUCUGGCAACCCUCCCAGGCUUACUGACUACGCCGAGUGGCAUGUCCGUGCAUUCCGGCAGUACAAUGCGGAACAAGCUGCCAAGGCGUCUCGAGGCCACGUCCCUCCCCCCCGAGCGCCUCCUAUCGUCCCUCGUCCUCGUGCCCCGGUGCUCCCUGCUGUAGCACUGGCAAUUGCUGCUCGCCCGGCGCCGGCUCCUGUUGCCCACCCCAUCCCCAUGGAGUUGGAUCGGACCCGGCUCCGCAGUGACGUUCGCCGCACCUGCUUCCGCUGCGGCAGUCCGGGCCAUCUUGCCCCUGGGGAGUGA